CCCCCCCAGCCGGUCCUGCCCCGGGCCCGGGAGAGCUCCGAGCUGCCCCUGCCCGCAGGCUGGGAGGAGGCGCGGGACUUCGACGGCCGCGUCUUCUACAUCGACCACAACACCCGCCAGACCUCCUGGAUCGACCCCCGGGACCGGAUUACAAAGCCAUUAACAUUUGCUGACUGUGUUGGUGAUGAGCUUCCUCUUGGGUGGGAAACCGUCUAUGAUCAACAGAUUGGCAUUUAUUACAUGGACCAUAUCAAUCAGCUUACCCAAAUCGAAGAUCCGAGAGAACAAUGGAGGAGAGAGCAGGAACGGAUGUUGAAGGAAUAUUUAAUUGUAGCCCAGGAGGCCCUGAAUGCCAAGAAGGAGAUUUACCAAAUUAAGCAACAACGUUUUGAGUUAGCCCAAGAAGAAUACCAGCAGUUGCACAAAAUGUGUGAAGAUGACAGCCGUUCUUAUGCUAGCUCAUUCUCUGGAUUUUCAACCAAUACCAAGUACGACCCAUAUCAGAUCAAAGCAGAAAUAGCAAGCCGUCGUGAUAGACUUUCCAGACUAAAGCGCGAGUUAACCCAGAUGAAGCAAGAACUGCAGUACAAAGAGAAGGGAGUGGAGACAUUACAAGAAAUCGAUCGGAAGAUGUCAAGUGCUCAUACCAAUUAUAAACUGGAUGAAGCCCAAGCUAUAAUGAGUGAGCUAAGGACCAUCAAAAAGGCUAUUUGUACAGGCGAGAAGGAAAGGCGGGACCUGAUGCAAAGCCUGGCUAAGCUGACAGAUGGGUUCAGGAAUAGCUGUUGUAUUACAGACUCUCUGUUAGAUUUACCACAUGAUUCUGGUUCACUCGGUGAUUCCUGUUUACCUCAACGAUACUGUGAUGCUUGUUCUCAAACUGACAUCAUUGGAGAGUUUGGCUUCGAUGAUAAAACAAGACUCGUUGACAGAGUAAGACUCAACUGGCAAUACGAAGAGGCCAAGAAAAGGGUGUCUAAUACACAGCAGCAGCUGGCCUUGCUGGAAAACGAGUCUUGGCCAGGGAUGGCGGAGGCAGACAGGGAUCGACUCCAGCUCAUUAAAGAGAAGGAAGCCCUCCUGCAGGAACUGCAGCUCAUCAGCCAGCAGAGACGUUCUCCAGAAGAUAUUGCCCGGUUGGAGGAGGAAAAGCGGCGUUUGGAGGAGGAGAUUCAGCGGGCUCGAGCAUGUUCUGCCCAUGGAGCCACAGAAAGGAUUCUGCUUCAAGAAAAGAGAAAUUGUCUUCUCAUGCAGCUAGAAGAAGCUACCCGCUUAACUUCCUACCUACAGUCCCAGUUAAAAAGUCUGUCCGCCAGCACUCUCACGGUCUCCUCUGGGAGCAGCAGGGGUUCCUUGGCAUCCAGUCGGGGGUCCCUGGCGUCCAGCAGGGGUUCUCUAAGCUCCAUCAGCUUCACGGACAUCUACGGCCUGCCCCAGUAUGAAAAAUCAGACCCCGAGUACGGACAGCAUCUGCGUUUCGAUCUAGUUCCGUUCGAUUCGCUUGGAAAAGAAACACCUUUCUUCGAUUCCACCAGCCACACGAACUUCACUAAACAGCGGCGGUCACUGGACACCCCCCAGUCCCUAGCUUCUUUGUCUUCUCGGUCGUCCCUGUCUUCGCUCUCCCCGCCAAGCUCCCCAUUGGACACGCCUUUCCUUUCUGCUUCCCGGGAUUCUCCGCUGGCACCGAUGGCGGAUGGGUUCGAGGUGGUCGGCCUCGGCACACUAGAAAUGCUCCGAGUGCAGGCCUCGGCUCUGGGCGACGAAGACACGCCAGGAGGGGCUUCGUCUCAGCCUCUCAACUACCCCGGGGACGGCGAAGGGCCACGUGAAAGAGGAGCACAGCUGACCGGCCUCCAGCCUGGAGGAACUGUGACUUUACGGGAAGACAGUGCCAGGAGAUCUGAAAGAAGAGCCAGAAGAGUUUCUGCAUGUCUAUCGGAUUAUUCGCUGGCCAGUGACAGUGGUGUGUUUGAACCGUUAAGCAAAAGGAAUGAGGAUGUUGAGGAGCCCACAUACAACGAUGCUGCCAAUAAUGAAGAACCCCAAAUACACGUUGGAUUUUUGCAUGACAGUGGAAGUGAAUGCCUCUUAGUCCAUGUGCUCCAGCUAAAAAACUUUAAAAGGGAACUGAUGGUGAAAGAAGGCAGUAAAAUACACAUCAGAGUUUAUUUACCACCUCUUGACUCAGGCACCCCAAGCACUUACUGCUCUAAGGCUCUGGAAUGUCAAGCUCCAUUAAUAUUUAAUGAAGUUUUCCGAAUCCCUGUGCAUUCAAGUGUGUUGAAAUUAAAGUCGCUGCAAUUGUAUGUUUGUUCAGUUGACUAUCAACUUCAAGAAGAACUCUUGGGAAUUGCGCAGAUCAGCCUGGCUGAUUAUGAAAGCUCAAGUGAAAUGCAGCUGCGCUGGUACCUGGUGCAGAUCUUUACCAGUUCGGAUCCACAGAGGAUCAAGAACAGUAGCCAGAAGGAAGAAAGCGGCGCACCCUGCCUGGGAAAUACGUCUCCUCUGAAAACGGAUGCAGUGACGGUCUUGUUGGCCAGGACCACUGCCCAGUUGGAAGCCGUGGAAAGAGAGUUGGCAGAGGAAAGGGUGAAGCUAGAAUACACAGAAGAAGAAAUCCUAGAGAUGGAAAGAAAAGAAGAUCAGGCAGAAGCAGUAUCAGAGAGGAGCUGGCAAGCGGAAUCCGUUGAUAGUGGAUGUAGCAAUUGUACCCAGACCGGUGUUCCUUAUCCAGAGCCGUGUUGUGUUGAAUCCCUACAUGGACAUGUGAUAGCAAGUCAGCCAGACCAGUACAGCCCAGGGAAAUUUCAACCUCCAUCUAUUAAGGUGGAUAAGGAAACCAACACAGAAGAUGUCUUCCCAGAGGAAGUGGCCAGUCUUCGAAAAGAGAGAACCAGCCGCAGGUCCCGCGGUUCUCCCUUUGUUCGGAGUAGCACGAUUGUCCGUUCACAGACUUUCACGCCUGGAGCAAGAAGUCAGUAUGUUUGCAGACUCUAUCGUAGUGACAGUGAUAGUUCCACUCUGCCAAGAAAGUCCCCCUUUGUCCGAAAUACUUUGGAAAGGCGAACCCUACGCUAUAAACAGUCCUGUAGGUCGUCUUUGGCUGAGGUGAUGGCCCGGACGUCCCUAGACCUGGAGCUGGAUCUCCAGGCGUCCAGAACACGACAGAGACAGUUGAAUGAGGAGAUCUGUGCUCUGAGGGAGUUGAGGCAACGUUUGGAAGACGCCCAGCUCCGAGGGCAAACCCAUCUUCCCAACUGGGUGCUGUGGGAUGAGCGGUUCCGUAAUCUGCUGAAGGAAGCAGAGAGGCAGACAAGACAGACCAAACUUGAACACCAUCAAGAACAAGCAGCUGAGAAAUUGCUCAAGAAAGUAUCCAAAGAAAUAUACCAGCUGCGUGGACAGAACCAGAAAGAGCCUAUUCAGGUGCAGACCUUUAGGGAGAAGAUAGCGUUUUUUACAAGACCAAGGAUUAACAUACCUCCUCUGCCAGCUGAUGAUGUAUAGUGUGCUGCCUUGUAAACAUGAAGUAUUUAUCUGUCUUUAUUUUCAUCAAGUUAGUUAGUAGACUAGCUAGGUUUAUCUUACAAAUGUUUGUGCAAAGCUAUUAAUAUACAUGUCUUGUAAAAAAAAAAAAGUCAACAAAACCUAUAUAUACAUAUAUAUUUUAUAAUGGUGACGGCAACGAGGCUUGGUUUUUCCUUGUUGUGAAAUUGACAUCUCUGAGGACAACUUAUUUUAUAAAAGAUCGACUGUCCUGUUAAGAGUGUACAGUUUUUAUGCUUUUUUCUUUGACUUUAAAGGCUGGAAGGCAGAAACAGAGUGAGUUCAGGCAAAUUCACUGUAUUGUAAUUUAUUUAUAGUACCUUUUUCCUUGAAGGAAAAUUCUGACUUAAGAUGUAUUUUAAGACUGAAAUUCUUGUCCUUCGGUAUUUGUCGUACAGUAGGAUGGAACGAUGCGCCGGUUUUGUUUCCGAUACCUGAAACGAAAAUGUCGUGUUUCCGACCCGUCGCUUUUAUUGGCUUUCGAUAACCGUAUCUUAGGAUGCACAUUGUGCUCCUUGGCAACGUUUCUGUGCUCUGUUGUACUAUUAUCUGCGAUGUUUUUAAUAUUAAUUAAAAUGCCAUUCGGGCAUUGCAGAACUCGCUUCCAUAUUCUUCCUAUGCACUAAGAUUUGUUUCUCGCACAUCUCUCGGUAGAAGUAGCAUGUCUCAGAAAUCAAGUGUACACAGUCAAAGUGUUCUCUGAGACCAUUCUCACCCUGCCUAUUUCCUUCGGUGUCAGUGGUACACUUUUCCAUUGUACCCAUUUUGCCAGCCCUCCAUUUCCUUUUUACUGUGUAGAGCUGGUCUCUCUGUCAGCGCCACUGGGGGAAAAGAUGUAGAUCGUUAAUAUGUCAUACUUUUAUUAGACACCAUAUUUACACGCAGACGAGACACAACAGGGGAGUCGCGCCCUCUUUCCCGAGACCUGGGGGGCCGGGAGGAUAACCCUUUGAGUCAUAGAAAAUUGAACCGGCCAUCCGAAGCCUCGUCUCUCUCCUUCCGUCGUUUGUACUCUUCCCAGGAGCACGGGUGUUGGACCUGCAGAACCUCUUGACUCCCCUCUUGGCCAACGAUGGUCGCACUUCUCCCCGACCUCCUCAGCCGUCCGUCACAACUGCUCAAUCUCGAUUUGCCCACCUAAGGCAGGUGACCUGGCAAGUGAUCUCACUGCCCCUUUUCUUUCACAACUCUUUCCUCCACCAAAUCCUGAAUCAUCUGUGCAGGUUUUUCUGUCUCUCCCCCAUCCAUCCUCCUUAUUGUUUCUAAUAAUUUUUUUUUUUUGGAAAGACUGUUUAGGAUCUCCUUUCGAGGGAGUAAUAGGAGACAAUCCCCUUUUUCCAUGUGCAGGGGAAUCUGGCCGCAGUAGCUGUGCAUAUUCAGGACCACCACUGGCAACCCCCUGGGUUCUGGCACCACUUCCCUUCCCUGUCACUCCCACACACUCCCGGUAGUUCUGCUAGCGAUUGAUGCCAAAACUCAACCCAACUCUUCCUCGGGCUUUGACAAAAAUGCCUCUCUCCCACCCCUGAAGCAGUGUUUCCUCUUUUCUUUGCACACUGUGAUAGGGGGCUGGUUCCUUUCUACCCUACUCUCCUCAGCACUCAGUACCAGUUCUCUGCACAUGCCGCUGAUGUGACAUGGCUGCUCUGAAGCGUUUCUAUUGCUGCUGUGGAAGCAUCCCGCUUCUUACAGGGGCCAAGGGUGGGAGAUGGAGGUUUAAGAUAUUUUGAAAUGAGAGACGGUGGGAGCACGUGAUCCCUGCUCGAGGUGGAUGAUGCUGUGAAGAGAUGGUUAAUGUCAACUUCACCGUUCAAGCCAAUCAAAAGGGAAAGGGAAAAAAAUCUAAAGGAAAACCGGGUAGGGUGCAACUCUGAGGAAAACAGUAAAGAACAGCAAAAUGCACAUUAAAGGAAGGAAAUCUGUCCUCAGGUAUCUAAGCUACAAACUGCUGAAAUAGAGGCGGUCAAGGGCCGCCUUCAGCGUUCAUCUCUUAGUUUUUGUCCCGGAUAUCUCUGAUUGUGUCAUUUGUAUGGUUUCACGGUAUUUCUUCUACCAAAUAAAAAUAAUCUGCCUUAAAAACAUAGAAAAGCAUUGUUAUGUACUAAGCUAAAAUGUGCCAUACUGAAAUGUAUGAAUUUAUACUGUUACGUUUUGCUUCCUAAUAUUUUUAAAUAGUAAAUACUCAG